CCUUCGGAAGAGGAAGUAGCGGCGCGCUAGAGAGCUAGCGGUGACCCGGGCAACCAGCGGUGAUCGAGCGAGCGGACGGUGGUGCCGGCGGGUCGCUGCCACUGCGCGCCGGAGUUGGCGGUUAGAGGCGGGGCCGGCAGCCCGGGACCGGAGUCAGAAUUGCUUGGAUUCAACACUGCGAUUCCAACCAUGGGUUUGUCUGUAUCUACCCCUGCUGUUGCAGUUCAGACCUCAAAUGCUUCAGAUCAUCAGACAGCAGCCCCGCCUUCGGGAUGCCCAAUGCAUGAAGGGAAGAUGAAAGGCCGUGAAGUGAGUGCCGAGCCAUCCGACCCAACCUGUGGGAGCAAAACGAACUCUGUGCCUGUGCACCAAGAACGCGCGUACGAGUACGUGCAGUGUCCUGUCACCGGCGCGAUGGCUGAGAAUAAGGAGAACCUAGAUCCUUCUAAUCUGAUGCCACCACCUAAUCAGACGCCGGCCCCCGAUCAGCCGUUUGCACUAUCUACCGUGAGACAGGAGUCGUCUAUUCCGAGGGCAGAUUCAGAUAAAAAGUGGGUUUAUCCUUCCGAACAGAUGUUCUGGAACGCGAUGUUAAGGAAAGGGUGGACAUGGAAGGAUGAGGAUAUUAGUCAGAAAGACAUGUAUAAUAUCAUUAAAAUUCACAACCAGAACAACGAGCAGGCCUGGAGGGAAAUUUUGAAGUGGGAAGCCCUUCACGCUGCGGAGUGUCCUUGUGGUCCAUCACUGAUCCGGUUUGGAGGGAAAGCGAAAGAGUAUUCACCAAGGGCAAGAAUUCGUUCCUGGAUGGGGUACGAGCUGCCUUUUGACAGGCACGACUGGAUCGUCAACCGUUGCGGGACAGAGGUCAGAUACGUCAUUGACUACUACGAUGGUGGCGAGGUCAACCAGGACUACCAGUUCACCAUCUUGGAUGUCCGGCCGGCUUUGGAUUCGCUCUCGGCCGUGUGGGACCGGAUGAAGGUCUCCUGGUGGCGCUGGACUUCCUAACCACUGCUUUGUCACAGAUGGGAAUAUAUAAACUGGGUUUUUUUCUGAGCAAUACAUUAAACUGCUUUCCCCAAACUGAAUUGCACUCCUGAUAUAAUGGGAAUGUCAAGGGGGUCAUCACACCUUACAUGUCACUUAGCAAUGGGUACUCUGCACAUGCUCUUCUGAGUUCCGUUUCCACCUUGCAGUUGAUAGUGCAUCAUUUUAAGUUUUCUUCCCGUUUAGAGAAGUGGGAAGCACUCCCUUAGUUUUUCCUUUAACUGUAGUAUUGCCUGUGUAUUUAAUCUAGAAAAGUCUGAACAACCUCCGAGAAAGACCUUUGCUUAAAAUAUGAAGAGAGCUGCUUUUUCCCUCCCUGUUCUCUCUUAAAUACUGACACGUAGAUCUGAAAGCCCAUGGAAUGCUCAGGAGCUUUGACCUGGUCCAGUGUUUCAAUUACAAGUGUUCUGUUACGCUUUUGAGAAAGUUACCAACAUUUCUAAAGUCCCUGCAAUAUAGUAGUGACCCCUGAAGGAAAUGCAGUCACACACUGGAAAUGCACUCAGCCAAACUGAAGUGUGUCUUGGCUCUACAAAUUUUUGCUUAUGUGAAUUUUUCACACUGGACCUUGAUCUAGAAUAAUUUCAGCUCCCCCAUGACUUGAUGAUGCACAUGCAUUGGAGUAUGUAUGUGUUUUAACUUUUUAAAUAUUUUUGUUUUAAUUCCCAUUGUUCUGAUAUGUAACUCUGCUCCCCGCAAGCAGACCUCAUUGUACUGGCAUUUGACAACUUAAUCCCACCCUUGAGUCCUAUUCCUUCCCCUGCCUGAAGGCUUUCUCUGCUCGGCCUCAUCUGAACCAGGAAGGUCUGGCUGAAGUCGCAGUGCUAGGGACAGUCCCACUCUAAAACACGAUUCUGUUUUUUCCAUUGUUAGAAUUCACAAGGAGAAUAUUUUUCCCAGAUGUAGAAUGGCUGCAUCGACUCACUGUCUCCGUUCACAUUUGUUUUUUAAGGGAGCUCUAAGUUUGCCAUUGAAAUUCUUUAUACCAGUAAUCCAUACACUGGUUGUUCAGCUUAUAGCAGCAUGUUACAGAUGACUGUUGGGUGUUGUUUUUUGGGGUUUUUUUUAAGUGUUAAUAAUAUUAACUCCUUUCAUUUGUCCUGAAUACUGUAGUGUUAAAUUAGUAGAUGGACUUAGCAGUCUGGAGUGAUUCAUUUGGUAUGAAUUUCAUUUGUUGUGUCUGUUUUGUGUGGAGUUUUAAAAAUCCAACAACCCUAAACUCUUCUACAUUUCAAAAUACUUGUGUGUUUUCAAAGAAAAUAAAGCUGAUAGUUAACAGGUUUUGAAAA